AUGUCUUGGCCGCCCGACGACGAACGGUCGUUCGAGGACUCCGAACGCUUCGAGGAUGAUUCGCAGGUGUCGCUCGACGGCUCAACCGACGGCUCGAAUCAGAAUUGGCGCGAUUGGAGCGCGUGUCCGUCGUCCGGCGAGGCGAUCCAACCGGGAUUGUCGUGCGUCGUCUAUCGUUACCAGACUCCACCCGAACGCUACUCGUCGGCGUCGAUGAGCACGGUGGUGGCGCACAAAAGCGACGCGGUGACGACGCUCGCCGAGCUCGCCGGCAAAGUGUGCGCCGAGAAAUGGUCGUUCGAGCAGCUCGAGGAAAUGUAUCACAAUAUAUGUCUCGCGAGACCUGGGAAUUUGACACUUCAAAUGCCGUCGCACACGAUACCGGAGAAGAUUUUCCUAUCCAUCAUUAUUCAUUGUUUUCCAACGUCGCCUGAUGAUAUCCGAAUGUACAGCACACUGGCGAAUGGGACUUGCGAUCAAUUCGAGUUUGGCUCCGGAAUUUAUCAAGUCGGUGGCGUCAAAGAUGUCUCGCAAACUGGAUUCCUUCUAAGCGCCAAUGUGCUAUCCGCCUGCGAGGAGAAUCCGAACAAUCGGUUUCCGUCGAGCGAAUCCCAAAUGAGCAAAGACUAUUUUCACGUGAACGUCAAAGUCGAUCGAUGCAAAAUUGUCGAGUGCACGUGCGAGUGCUCGCUGAAAUCGACAUGGUGUCGACACGUCGUCGCUUUGUGUUUGUAUCGAAUUCGACACAAGAACACGAUCAAGUACAAUGAAACGAUAGCGGACGCCAUCAAUUCGAUGAGCGACUACGCGCUUCGCAAAUUGGUUCAAUGGCACAUCAACGAGAUUCCGCGAAAAUGUAUUCCGGGAUUCCAGAAGCUCAUCGAUCAGAUCAAAGAUCCGAAAUCCGAAAUCAAUCAGAUCGACGGUGCGCCGGAUCCGACGGACGGCGGACACGAUCCGGUGCCGAGAUACGAUUUUCCGGAUAUCGCCGACAAUAUUCGCAAAUUGUUGUGCAAAAGUUGUGUGCCGACGCCUUCGGUGACGUGCGACGUUCAAUAUUUAUCGACCACUCAGCAUCCGACCACUGUCGAAUGGAAUAGUUUAAUCAAACCCCUGCGGGCCAGGGAGCCAGAAGGCAUGUGGAAUUUGCUUCAAAUGGUCCGCGAGAUGCUGGCGCGCAAUGACAACAAUUCGGUUGCCCUACUACGGACGAUCACCGACGAAUGUCUGACGAACACGCAGGUGUUGUUGUGGUGGUACGAGACGAAGCUCCUCCAGACGGGCUAUUGGUUCCAAGUGACGAACUCGAAGAUGUACGCGCCGACGCAAACGUUGGCGCAAUUCAAUUGCGCCCAAAUGUGCGAUGAGGUGGUGAAUUUGUGGCGGUGCGUCGCCAUGAAUCCGCGCGCGACAAAGGAUUAUCGAGCGCAGCUCGCCGCUUACCUUGAGAACUAUCAUCGAACCGCGGUGAAUCGUUUGAGGAGUGUGAUCAGCGGUGUGACGAAUGAGAAGCUCAAUCAGCGCAACGACGCGACGGUUCUGAGCAAUCAUCAGGCGCAAUGUAUGGUGCAGGGCAUCAAGAAUGACGACGGCCAACAAUUGUCGUCGAUCAACAUGCGAUUCACGCUCGAUUGUUUCCCGGGAUUCUAUCCGGCGCUUCAGAUGUGCCACUAUCUCUGCGAGAACUCGAUCGAUUUCGGCCUACCCGCCGACGCUUAUUUCGACGUCGAGGCGCCGAAUCUCUCGAUCACCGUGAAAAUGGAGGCGCCGAAAUUGAGGAGGAGCAAAAAGAAGAAGCGACGCAGCCGCAAUCAUCGUCGUCGCUAUGACGAGGCCGACGAUUUCGCCGAUCCGAUUCUCGAUCCGUAUCAGAGGCAGGUGUUUCGAGUGUUCAAAGAUCGAGACGAGAAUCAGCGGAAUGAGGAGAGCACCGAGUCGGGACAGGAGAGCGAUGUCGUUCAGCAGCAACAGCAGCAGCAGCCAUGCUCGAGUCGCGGGGUGACGGAUCUCGUCGAGAUGGACGUCAACGAAGUUCUUGCCGCCGCGUUUUGGCCUCUGGAUCCGAAUGAGACGAGAUUCCUGAAGUGCGAAGCGUAUGCGACGCAUGGCUAUAAGGAUGAGGCGAUUGAGCGUGCGACGAACUUGAUCGACUACAUCUCGGAAAGUCUGAAAGAGCAAUCGGAAGCGUUGAAGCCGCCGGGAAAAAUGCAGGAAUCGUUUACGAAAUUCUCGUUGUCGCAAGACGACAAAGAUUCGACGAGCACGGAUUCGGAUCGAGUGUCCAAUGAGAACUCGUUCGUCGCGAAAUGCAAUCGGUUUUUGGCGACACUUGAACGCUGUCUGUACAUUGCGAAGGUUCUCCGAAACGCGCCGGGCACCUACAAAAAGGUGUUCGAAUUUUUGUUGAAUGGUCUCGCCGCGCAUUGGUUUCCGGUGAUGACGAAACACCAACAAAUCAAAAUCUAUUAUUAUGAGACCGAAUUCGUUGCGAUCAUGAAUCAGAUUCUUGGAAGCAUUCAAAUCAAAACGAAACCGUUUGAGCAAAUGCGCGCCGUGGCGAAAUUGAUCAUUGAGAAAGGCAAUGGAAGUUGCGGCAAUGUGCCGCCGAUAUCGUUGGGACAAUUCUUGAUUGAUUCAUUGACGUCGACGGAUGACAGCCGACAGGGUCCGAGUCGUGAGGACGAGGAGUUGAGCCUUCACGCGGCUCUCGUGCUUCUCGGAAGCACACCGUCGUUCUCCGAGCCGACGUAUCCGAUUCACUACGAGGCGAUUCGGCGGCAGAAGAAUGAUUUGUGCAUAUUUCUGUUGGCGAGAUACAAAGAUGUUGACGAUAAGCUUGGAUUGGUAUUGGAUAAGAUUUUGGAUCCGUCGCUUCAUCGGAUGUACACGCACCAUUGGUCGAACGCCGCGUACAUUUUGGAGCGCGAUCCGGUCUAUCUGAAGUACCACAAGUUCCACGAGCGCCCGAUUUAUCCGUAUCGCGAUCCGUCGGAGAAGAAGCCACUGAAGCCGAUCGACAUGGACGAGGAGGAGCUGCGCAAAUUGUACGGCGGCAAUUCUCGUCCGGCGGCGGCGGUGUCGCAAAAAGAUCGCGGUUCGGACGAGGGCAUGCAGAGCACGUCGUCGUCGAGCUCGUCGUCGUGCUCCGAAGCGCAAUGCCCGCCGGUUCCAUACGCCUACGGGUUGACGAAUCGAAAUAUGAGGACGUGGAUCACCAACUUCAACGGUCCCGUCUAUCCGAACGGCGAUCCGAUUGUUCAGAAGAAAAAAAUGAAGCGACGAAUUGUGCAUCAGCUGAAUCCGAUCAGCUCGGCGACGGAAGCUCAAGUGUUCCAUAUGCACGAGUUGGCGAGGCGAGUGCUGGCGGAAGCCGGCGGAUCUCAGUCUAGUGUGGUGUUCGCCAUGGGUCAGAAUAUAAUAGGUUCGACACAUCGAAAACUUCACCUGUGCGCUGUUAUCAUUGCGGUUUAUGCGAUGGGAAUGCAUAAUCGAAUUUCGCCGAGCUGGAACACGCGAACGUAUAGCAAUUGGGCGAGCUGGAUCGCGUCGCAGGUGCAAGACGUCGGGCCGAUGGCGAUGGAGAUGAUUCGCGAGACGUGGACGUCGCAUUUCACGCCGAGCGAAAUCGCCGGCAUUUCGGACAAGGCGUCGCUGUCGGCCGACAUGCAAAUGCGAUUGGAGGGAUGCCGAUUGGCGCUCAGCGUUUUGCCGUACGCGCACUCGCUCAAAGACGAGGAGAUCAUAAGAGCGUUGGAGAAGUGUCGAGAGGACAGUCGACAGAUGCUGAUAUCGGGACUGACCGCAAUGGACACGCAGGCGUUUCGGCAGACGGCGCCGACAAAGGCGUUGUUCAUCGCGAUGAAUCAUUGGAUCGAUUUGAGCGCCGAGGAGGAGGCGGACGCGAUGAGGAAUGGCGUCGACAUGUACCCGUACAUGCAGCAGCCGCAGCAGCAGCAAUACUACGGACAACCUGCGCAAGGUCCGUAUGUGUAUCCGGCGGAUCAGGCGCGAAUCCAUCAGAGCCAAUCGGCGCCGCAAUUGGUGCCAGCGGAAGUGCCGGCCGAAAUGCCGCCGCCGAUGGCGCCUGACGAGUUUGUGACGCCGUUGCACACGACGUAUUUGUUGAACGCGUUCCACUCGGGAUUGCGCGGUCUCGAUCGGAUCGCGUUGACGUCGCCGGAAGACCGACAGGUCUACCUUCGCUAUUGUCAACACCCGCCGCAUGGUGAAGACAUCAAUAAGUUGUACAUGAUUGCGUCGAAGCUCGGCCUUCAGCACAUGUUGAUGUUCUUCAACACGGCGGCGCGAACGGUGCACUCGCCGUUUCUGCUUCACACGUUUGCGAAAGAAUCGACGAAAUACUUUCCGCAUCGCUCGUUUUGUCCGUUGCCGAUUCCGCAGCGCAACGUCGCGCCGCAAUCGUCGAUGGCGGCGCCGAUGCAGCUGUUGCCGCAACAGCCGCCGGGAUUUGCGGCGCCGCCGCCACGAUAUAGCAACGUGAAAUUUUGCGCGCCGGGAGUGAUAAGCGGCCUAUUUGUGCAAAAUGGAUACCAUUUGGUGACGGGUGAGCUGUUUGAGAGAGCCUGUGAGCAAUAUCUCAUCGCGAUUGUGAACAAGAUGAACAAUCCGAGGUUUGGGAUCAACGAUUCGGAAGAUAUGCGAUCAUUCCUUUAUGAGGCGAAUGAAUGCUUCAAAUGGAUACCGGGUCCGAUGUCGAAGAAUUUGUUUGAUGAUUUCGUGAGGACGUUCAAGAAGCAGAAGACGUAUAAGAAGGAGAUUGCGAAUGUGAUCAACGCGAUUCUGAAUUCGCUCUGCUGA